UCUUUUGUUGGAAACAAAUAUUUAGUCGGCUGAUCAUCAUUGAGUGUUAGAACAGAAAGUUUCGUGGGAAAUCUUUUUAAAAAAUGGCGAUGGAAGUAGAAGGUUCGACAAAAAACGUUAUGGCAGCUUCUGGAGCGUCCGGAAGCGUAUCUGUAUCGCUUCAUCCGCUUGUUAUUAUGAAUAUCUCCGAGCACUGGACUAGAAUUAAAGCUCAAGCUGGAUCUCAGCAACAAGUUAUUGGUGCUUUAAUUGGUAAACAAAAAGGACGAAACCUCGAAAUAAUGAACUCAUUUGAAUUAGUAUUUGAUAGAAUAGAGGACGAUAUUGUUAUCGAUAAAGAUUAUUAUAAUUUAAAAGAGCAGCAAUUUAAACAAGUAUUUAGUGAUUUAGACUUUUUGGGAUGGUAUACAACUGGAGAUGCACCCAACGAAUCAGAUAUUAAAGUUCAUAAACAGGUUUGUGUAAUAAAUGAAAGUCCCGUAUUUUUAAAAUUAAAUCCACAAGGACGACAUACCGAGUUACCUGUAAACAUGUAUGAAUCGGUUAUUGAUUUAGUGAAUGGAGAGGCAACAAUAUUAUUUGUCGAAUUACCUUAUACUUUAGCUACCGAAGAAGCCGAAAGAAUUGGUCUCGAUCAUAUCGCUCGAAUGUCUGCCGGAGAGGCUGGAGAAAGUUCAUUAGUUGCCGAACAUCUUCAAGCUCAACACAGUGCAAUAAAAAUGCUUCAUGGACGUGUCCGACUAAUACUGGAUUAUGUUCGUGCAGUAAAAUCUGGUAGAUUGUCUCCCAAUCAUGAUAUACUGAGAGAAGCUUACAGUUUGAGUCAUCGUCUUCCUGUCCUAAAUUCAGACAAUUUUAGAGCUGAGUUUUAUAAUCAAUGCAACGAUGUAGGACUAAUGACCUACUUAGGCACCUUAACAAAAGGAUGCAAUACGAUUAAUCAGUUUGUGAAUAAAUUCAACGUUCUUUAUGACAGACAGGGCAUGGGUCGAAGAAUGAGAGGAUUAUUCUUUUAGUCUCGAAUGUAAGAGGAAAUUCGUUUUUGCUGUUAUUUAUAAAUUACGCUCUUAAUGUAAAUAUUCAAAAUAAAAUUUUGAAAAAAUUACAUUUUGUCAUUUUACUGUCCCCUCGAAGCCAAUUUCGAAGAGCCAAAUUAAGGAUUUGAUAAAGUAUUGGCAAUCCAUUGAACCAUAACAUAGCACUAU